AUGGCGGUCGCCUGCGGCUACGGGCACACGGCGCUGGUGCUGGACGACGGCGAGGCGCUCCUCUUCGGGAACAACUGCUAUGGCCAGUGCGCUCUGCCCGCCGAGCGCCUGCGCGGCCGCAGGGUGGCGCAGGCCGCCUGCGGCUGGAGGCACACGGCGCUGGUGCUGGCAGACGGCGAGGCGCUCCUCUUCGGGGCGGCGAACGACGAGGGCCAGUGCGCUCUGCCCGCCGAGCGCCUGCGCGGCCGCAGGGUGGCGCAGGCCGCCUGCGGCUGGUGGCACACGGCGCUGGUGCUGGCAGACGGCGAGGCGCUCCUCUUCGGGGCGAACUGCUAUGGCCAGUGCGCUCUGCCCGCCGAGCGCCUGCGCGGCCGCAGGGUGGCGCAGGCCGCCUGCGGCGGGUAUCACACGGCGCUGGUGCUGGCAGACGGCGAGGCGCUCCUCUUCGGGAGGAACGACGAGGGCCAGUGCGCUCUGCCCGCCGAGCGCCUGCGCGGCCGCAGGGUGGCCGCUCAGGCGAGCGCCCCCGAGGAGGCGCCGAGGCCUCCCGCGGGCAGCGCAGCGGCAGCAGCCCGCGGGCUCCGGGCGAGCGCCGCCGAUGAGGCACGCAGGCGUCGGGGGAGGUCAGUCAGUUGUGGGAAGAUGCCAAGUUGUCAGAGAGCUCCAGGGCGCUGGCGGUGGAGUGGUGCGACGACAACGGCGUCGUGGCCCUGA